UAAUGAGUGAAGAGCGUAUAGAAUAAAGACCUGAGACAUCAAAAUGUUCUCGAUUGGAUAAAAGGAGAAUGAUAAGUUAGAAUUCUUAAAGAAAUCGUACUGCCAUUUAAAGCAGAACUGCUUAAAAUUUUAAUCCAAAUAGUUAUAAUGGGAUGACAUUGGAAGAAUAUUUUAGAAAUAAAGUUUAAGAGAAUAAUAAUGCAUAAGUAGAUAAAAAAAAAAAAGUAGUGAAGUUUUGUAUGAUAGUUUUUGGUAACAAGCAAUGAAUUCUUUAAAGAAUUCUAAAAUUAAGAUGUUAUGAGAAGAACAUAUAUGGGAGAUAGCAAAUAUAUGAAUAUGAAAUAGGACAUGAAAAAGAAAAUAUAGGAUUAUGAUAAGAAUUUGUUUUAAAAAUAUGCUAAUAAAUUUGAUUUGGGGAAUGGUUUUGGAAAGUGA